GCCAAUUUAACUGUAUCAGACACAGUAUCACCUCCAGCAGAAUGACAAACAAUAAGGAACAGUAUGUUUUUUACGGAGGAUCAACUGAAGAAAGUGUCGAAUCUGGUUGCCGUUCGCUGGGAGAACUUAUCGUCAAGCGGUUGCGCGAGAAUGGCGACGAUAUUGCGUGUAUCGAUGGCCUCACCAACGAAUCCAUCACAUACAGUGACCUACUUGAGCAAUCCGUCCGAUUGGCGAACCGCCUGCAUCGAAUCGGCAUCAAGAAAAACACACUGAUUGCGAUCAUGUGUGAAAACCGCAUCGAAUUGCCGUUAGUUGCCUUUGCCGCAACCUACAUGAACGCAAUUCCAAUUCUGCUGAACCCUGCCUACACACCUACCGAGCUGGAACACGUCCUCAAACUGACUCAACCGAAAGCCAUUUUUGUUUCCUCAAUUGCAGUGAAAACGCUUCUCUCCGUGGCAGACUCCAUCCCAUCGAUUAAGAUGAUCACGUUGAUCGGUUCCAAAGAACGUCCUCAUAAACGUGUCGCCUUAUUCAAAGAGCUGUUCGAUCGCAACAAGCUAAAAACCGCACGAUCCUUUACUCCUCAACCCGUCAAUUUGAAGGACCAGGUUGCCCUCAUGGUUCUCUCCUCGGGAACCACCGGUCUGCCGAAAGCUGUUCAACUGACCCACUACAACAUUAUGGCCGUAAUGGCUUACAUUCGCGACGAUCUAAAGCUCUCGCCAAUAUCUCCUUCGGCCCUAAGUCUCGCUCUGCUGCCUUACUUCCAUAUCUACGGUUACAUGAUCCUGCUCAAUACCUGCUGCAAUAAACGCUCAAUCGUUACACUUCCAAAAUUUGAGCCUAAUCUGUUCCUGUCUACAAUUGAAAAGUACAAAAUUGCCACCGUGACGCUGGUCCCACCGUUGGUAGUCUUCCUGGCAAAGCAUCCACUUGUGGAAAAGUACGAUCUUAGUUCAUUGAUAGCGAUCAGUUGUGGAGCGGCUCCUUUGAGCAAGGAAAUCGAGGAAAUGGUUCACAAGCGACUUCCCAAUUUGAUGCUGAUUCGUAUUGGCUAUGGAAUGAGUGAAACUUCGCUUGGAGUUUUGACCAGAAACAUUGGGAAAGCGGGCAGCGUUGGAAAGGUUAACCGGAUGUUCUGGGUCAAGGUUGUAGACCCGGAGACGGGAAAAACGCUGGGUCCAAACCAGAUUGGCGAGAUAUGCGCCAAGGGGCCUAUGAUUAUGAAGGGAUACCUGAAGAAUGACGAGGAAACACAAUCGAUUAUCGAUAAGGAUGGUUGGUUGCACACCGGAGAUACGGGAUACUUUGAUGAAGAUGAGGACUUUUACAUCGUAGAUCGGAUUAAGGAUCUGAUCAAGUACCGGGGCUCCCAGGUGGCACCGGCUGAGGUUGAAGCGGUUCUGCUUACAAACCCGAAAAUCAAGGAUGCUGCAGUAGUUGGCAUUAAGGAUGAGGCUAACGGAGAGCUGCCGCUGGCAUUCGUGGUUGCUCAACCGGGAAUGGAGUUGAGUGAGGCGGAAGUCAAGACUUGGGUGGCGGACCACUUAUCUAAAAGUAAGAAUUUACACGGUGGCGUGCGAAUAAUUGCCGAGAUACCGAAGACUGCCAGUGGAAAGAUUUUAAGACGCGAGCUGCGAAAAAUGAUAACAAAGUCCAAGCUGUAAGAUGAACUGCGAGCCAGCCUUUAUCUUGUGUGAUUUAUGAGAGUCGUACCGGGGAGAUGAUAAGA